UUUUCAGUGUGAAAAGGAAAGGCCUUCAUCUUUGCAGAUACAACACUUCGUAGGAGAGAGCUGAGCUUCAGAUACUUUCUGCACCAGGUUCAAUCUCUGAUCAAUAAUGGCAUUUUACAGCUCCUAUUCUGGGUCUGGUCUUGGUGAGUACAAUUACAAUUCUUAUGCUGUGAAUUACGAUUAUGCCCAGAAUCCAGGUUUUACGGCUUAUAAUUAUCAAGAAUUCGAUCAACCUUAUUCUAGAUAUGAUCCAAAUUCAUAUUAUGAUCCUACUCCUACCUACCCUGCUCUGAGUUACCCUACCAUAUCAUACUCUGCGGCCACUUUCAGUGAACCCAAAUUUAUUGAGUACGAUCCCAAUUAUGAGAAGUCUCAGCUUGUUAUUUACUACUCUAAUUUGGAAUUUAAUGAGCCUGAAUUUGAAGAAUAUGAUCCAACCCCUUAUGGUGGUGGGUAUGAUAUCGUUAAGACCUAUGGCAAACCUCUACCCCCUUCAGAUCAAACUUGUUAUCCUCGUUCUGGGUCAGGUUCGAAUGCCCUUCCUUCUGGGCCUCCAGUGCCAUUGCCUGCUGUGGAAAAGGGAACUGAUGAGAAAGCAAUCGUACCCCAGAAUAAAAGUGCAGGCCAAGUUCCUGAUGAAAUGCCUCAACCACAAAUUAACCUUACAGAUCUGCCUGAGAAAGAUGAGAACAAGACCGAUGACACUCAGGAUCUCAAUCCUUCUGCUGGUGAAGAAGAAGAGGAAGAAGAUGAUUCUAGGCCUGUUAAUGGAAGUGGUUAUGGCAAUGGGUACAGUGGAGGACAUUAUGAUGAGUAUGAGAAGCCAGUGCUCGCACAAUAUCCUCCUGGGUAUGGCUUGGAAGCACUGGAUGUCUGUGAAAGUUUGUUUGGGUAUUGGCCUUGUUUGUCACGAAUGAAGAAGCAAAGAGAAACCUGUUGUGAGGGAUCUAGUGAUGAUAUUGAAGGAGACUACUGCUACAGAGAGAAUAUGUGGAAAGGAACUGCAGAUUAUCUGUUUGGGAGUCCAUAUCCGUAUGGAGGUGGAAGAGGAGAAGAAGGAAGCAGCUAUGGAGGGGGAGAAUUUGUCUAUGCCUACCAAAGGCACUAUCCAACACAAGCACAGUAUAGGCAGCUUGAAAAUUAGUUCUCCCCCCCCCCCCCCCAAUAAACAAACUUGAAAAUUAGUCCCCUGAGGCUAUGCCAUAAAAUAAAAGAAUCUGGGCUCAAUCAUUUCGUAAAUAAAAUUCUAAAGCCCAGUAAUGUUUUUAUCUUCCCUAAGAAUUGUAGAUGUUGGCUUGUUUCAAAGGAGAUAUUUAUCGUGUUUUCUCUUCUUCAACUUGUUCAGGUUUCCACCCGCAGCAGUUUACCCGUAUCAGAGUCUUCUACGGCUAGACUACAAAUUGA